AUGGAGAUUAACGGGGGUGAUGAUUUCUCAAGCGGAUCCAAUUUUGAUGGAGAUUUUGGAGGCUGCAACAAUUAUAAUCCCCUGCCGUAUUCUGGGAAACAACUAAUCUUCCCAAAUAGUGGCAAAUCAGUCCACCCUAAUCAGAAUAUUUCCAAGAUCAUCAAUGGGUUAAGUGAAAAGUGCUUGGAAGAACAACCCAAAGGCCCUUCAUCUUCCACGAUGGCUACUCAAAACAACUAUCCUCUCCAUAUUGGCGACAUAACCAAAGGAGCAGAAAGUGUUCAAAUCUCUCUAGCCAAUGAUCUUGAUGGCUUCAACGAGUUGCCCAAAUUCUUCUACAUUGCUGAAAAUAUAGUUUACAAAGACGCUCAUGUAAACUUCUCACUUGCUCGGAUAUCCGAUGACAAUUGUUGUUCACAAUGUUUUGGGGAUUGUUUGGCAUCGGAUUUGCCAUGCGCAUGUGCUUGUGAAACUAGAGGUGUGUUUGCUUACACUCGAGAGGGUUUGCUCAAUGAGAAGUUUCUUGAUGAGUACAUUGAAAUGAUUUGGGAACCUAAGAGGAAGGACUACUACUAUUGCGAAGAAUGCCCAUUAGAAAGAGGCAAGAGAAGGAAGAAAUGUGAAGGCCAUUUAUGCAGAAAGUUUAUAAAGGAGUGCUGGUCUAAAUGUGGAUGUAGUAAGAAGUGUGGAAAUCGGAUUGUUCAAAGAGGGAUCAGAGCUAAUCUACAGGUAUUCAAAACAUAUGAAAGGAAAGGUUGGGGAGUUAGAUCGCUCCAUGCCUUGAAGAAAGGUAGUUUUGUUUGUGAGUAUGUGGGAGAGAUUGUCACCAAUCUAGAACUGCACGAGCGAAACCAAAGAAGAGCAGGAAAAGAGCAUACCUAUCCAGUAUUACUAGAUGCAGAUUGGAAUUCGGAGAGAAUUUUGAAAGAUGAAGAGGCUCUUUGUUUGGAUGCAACUGAGUUUGGUAAUGUUGCUAGAUUUAUAAAUCACAGAUGCCAUGAUUCGAACUUGAUAGAGAUACCAGUGGAAAUAGAGACUCCAGAUCAUCACUACUAUCACCUUGCUUUCUUCACAACAAGGAAUGUGGAAGCAAUGGAAGAGUUGACUUGGGAUUAUGGUAUCAGAUUUGAUGAUAAAACUCAUCCGGUGAAAGCUUUCAAAUGCAAAUGUGGAAGUCCAUAUUGUCGCGACAGAAAAGCAUAA